AUGGGCGGCUAUGGAGAAUACAUCUCGGGAGAUGUGUUGAAGGCAUUGCCUAAAGCAUUAACCUCGAGAUGGUGGAGAGACAAAUGGUUCGAUGAGGAUCAACCGACACUAGAAGCCAUUCUCAAGGAGCUUGAUCGAGAGAUACGGCUUAGGGAGAUGGAGGAAGAUCCUGCAACUUCGAUCGGACUGCCCACAUUCACGGCGGUAUUACAAGGAAAGAAUAACAGAAAAAUAAAAGUGCUAGGUCUGAUAGACUCGGGGAGCGAAAAAACGUUCAUCCGACAGAGUCUGAUCAGACGGUUAAAGGCGGACGAAGAGGAUGAAGGAGAGAUAAGAGUGAACACGUUUGGAUCAGACCAAGCGGAAAGAUCGGUGCUAAAGACCUAUAGCAUAUGGAUGGUUCCUGAAAGACAGGGAAAAAUAAAAAUUAAAGCUACGGCGAUAAAGUACGUGGCAAAAGCAACCUCAAAGGUCCGGUCAAGACUGGUAGAGAUCUUGACGGAACAAGGAGAGAAGGUCGCGGAUGAAAGACAUUUCAGGCCCGACAAUAAAACAGAAUUUGACAUGAUAAUAGGAUGUGACUAUUAUUGGCAAAUUCUAAAACACCAGACGAGACAGGGUCCAGACGAUUCGGUGGCAUGUGCCAGCAAGCUGGGGUGGAUUAUUUUUGGAGCACCCUCAGCAGGAAAUCCGAGAGAAGUGUCGGCAAACAUAGUUACACAGGCCGACGGAAAAAGAGUGAUGGUAGACUUCAAGGAAUUCUGGGCCUUGGAACACAUGGGAGUUACGCCCCAAGAGCUAGAGGACCGGGGGUUCCUGAAAAACUAUCAGGAGACUAUAAAGAAAGAUCAAACGGGCAGAUAUGAGGUUCUGUUCCCGUUUAAAAAUAACAGAAGGUCGAUGGAGACCAACAAAAACAUAGCCUCGGUCAGAUUGACAGGGCUAUUGAGAAAAAUGAAACGGGAGGACAAAGUGGCCUACAAUGAAGUUUUUCGACAAUACCUCGAGAAAGGCUACAUAGAGGCAGCAGAUAAGAAUUACACGGGAGCAUGUACGUAUUUGCCGCACAGACCGGUGAUAAAAACGGAAGCGGCAACCACCAAGAUUAGACCGGUGUUUGACGGUUCGGCCCACCAGCAGAAUAGGCCUAGCCUGAAUGAUCUGUUGGAGACCGGGCCGAACCUGAACCCGGAACUCUUGGCGGUGCUGCUCAGAUUUAGGCAGAACGAGAUAGCGUGGAUGGCGGACAUCACGCAAGCAUUCCUACAGAUAGGAAUACAGGAAGAACACGGACAGAUAGUCCGAUUUCUAUGGAUAAAAGACCCGAAAGAUGAUAACUCAGAAUGGAUAGAAUACAGGUGGAGGAGAGUGCCUUUCGGACUCUCGAGUAGCCCGUUUAUUCUAAGAGCGGUUAUAUUAAAAUGCUUGGAUGAGCAUAGAGAUGAAUACCCAGAGCUGGUGGGUAAAUUGAGCUCGCAGUUAUAUGUGGAUGAUUGGUUGGGGGGAGCGAGUAGCGUCCCCCAAGCAAUCGAAGCGAUAACGCAAGCACAGAAGAUAUUUAAUUCGGCCAAGAUGGAACUUAGGAAGUGGACGACAAAUAGCGUGGCACUCAGGGAACAGCUGCACGCGUUACAGUUCCAAAAGAAAGAAAUAACGAAGGGAGAUAAUACAGAAAAAGCAGUUAAGGCGCUGGGAGUAACGUGGGAUCCGGAGACGGACUCGUUUCGGUUCAAGCCCGAGAAGAUAAUAGAAGAGGCCGAAGAGGUGAGCAAAAGGCCGACGAAAAGGAAGUUGUUCAGCCUUGCGCUGAAGGUCUUCGACCCGCUGGGAUUGAUAUCACCGGUAACGGUGGUAGCAAAGAUUAUCAUGCAGAAGGUCUGGAUAGAUAAAACAGGCUGGGAUGAGCCAGUAUCGGCAAGCAUAAUGCCGCACUGGGAGACAUUCAUUAAGAGUUUGUCGGACCUCAAGAACACAAAGCUGGGACGGUGGACUGGAGAGAUCCAUUCACCGAGACCACAUUUGUUUUGCGACGCGAGUGACGACGCAUACAGUGUAGCCGCAUAUUUGGAGAACGGAAAAGAGACAAAGCUGUUAUGCAGCAAAACCCGGGUAGCACCGGACCCCAAGAAAUCAGUAUCGACCCCCAGGUUAGAGCUACUCAGCAAUUUGCUGGCAGUAAGGCUGGGGGAAUACAUCGAAAAGUCCCUUGGACGAUCGUUUGAGAAGACGUUGUGGACGGACUCGGCGAUAGCCUACUGGUGGAUGAAAGGCGAGUCGGGCCGGUGGAAACAGUUCGUUCACAACCGAGUGACAGAAAUCAGGGAGAAGAUCAAUAUAGAGUCGAUAAGGCACUGCCCGGGAGUUCAGAACCCGGCAGAUAUAGCCUCGAGAGGGGCUUCAGUGAGCCAGCUGAACCAUAAGAAAGAUUGGUGGUCAGGUCCAGAGUGGCUGAACAAAAAAGAGAUGUGGCCGAAGAAUCCAGCCCAGGUGGAACAGGAUUGUACGGAAGAAAUCAAGAAAGAGGAAAAAAUCAAAGAGAUAACGCAAUGUAAUAUUUCGACGUCAAAAGGAAAAGAGUGUGAAAAGAGCGGUGAAGAGGUUCAAGGGACAGCCGAACCCCGAACACCGCUGGCAGAAGUAUUGGUUGGAACCGACAAGAAACGGUUCAACAUUCUCGCAGUAGAAGAAGUAGAGCAAGCAGAGUUAGAUUUAUGGCGAGCGAUGCAAAUUGACGCAUACAAAGAGGAAAGAGAAGCCAUAAAAGAGAAAAAGUCCUGGAAAAAUGAUAAACUGAGAAAAUUGGGAUUAGCCUGGGACGAGAGAAACGGGCUGAUCAGGUGUUACGGCCGCCAAGAAAACUGGUUGCGGCUUAACGGUAGAGAAGCGGUAAUCCUAUUGCCAGAGAACCACUAUCUGACAGGCAAACUCAUAGAGCAGACGCAUGAACGGUUACUGCACACUGGAGUAAGCACGACGAUGGUGGAGGUACGGCGAACGUUUUGGAUCCCAAAACUGAGACAGACGAUAAAGAAAGAGUUAAAGAGGUGCAUGAGGUGUCAGAAAUUAGACUCGAGACCGUUCAACGAGGUACCGGCACCUCUACCAGUAGACAGACUGCAGAUGGCAAACCCGUUCAACGUGACGGGGAUUGACUUUGCGGGACCCUUCCCGAUAAGGCUCUUAGCAAGAACCGGGCAAGCGAAAGCUUACAUUUGUCUCUUUACGUGUGCGGUAACAAGAGCCGUGCACUUAGAAAUGACUACAGACCAAGAAGCGACGACCUGCAUCUUUGCCCUGAGAAGGUUUUUUGCAAGGAGAGGGGUGCCGAAAGCCAUGUAUUCAGACAACGCUAGAACGUUUACGCAAGCCGCCAAGUAUUUGAGAGCGGCCUACAAGA